AUGGAAUCAAUAGAUUGCACAUUAAAAUUCAAUAAAGAAACAUUACCGAUUCGAAAAAUUCCUGCUUCUUUAGCAGAGCUGAAGAAAACAGUAAAAAAAAGCUUUGGGAUGCCCAGCAGCAACUUAUUAUUUUCUAUUUUAAAUUCAGCAGGCUCUAAAAUGCCUGCAAAUUAAAUUAAGAGUAUUCAUGUCUUCUGAAUUUAAUACCUCUGCACGCUUUUGAUCAGCGCCAACUGCUUGUCAGGAUGAAAUUCAGCCACUAUUUGGAAUAGCAGUCUUCUCUAGAAGCAGUGCUUGUAUUGUGAUACCUAAGAGUGUAGAUAGGUUCGGGAGACAACACACACCAUCGUGCUAUGGAGGUAAAGGUUAACCUGAUGUCUCCUGUCGUCUUUCUUUGGGAGAGGUGACACCCCAGAAAAAGAGCCACGUCCUCUGGAACUAAAGAAAAAAGAUGUGGUCCAAAACCAUCUUAAUAACUAAUACAUAAUCAUGAGCCACCACUAGCUUAUUCCAAGGCCACCCACGCGCAACAUCUAACGUCCAAUGAGCAAGAAGUAGAAUUAAAGGGUCCCAAUCUUGGUUAAGCUAUAAAAUAAUUUUGCGGCCCAGUUAGUGAAUUGCCGUCAAGGACAUAUCAUGUCUCUUCCACCAUAUUAAUUAUAAUGCCUGUAAGGACACAAACAGACUAUAAACGAGCUCUGACAUAUGCAGGAUUACAAGUGGUAAUCGAAAUCGAGGAAAAGCCAGCAGAAGAAGAAACAAAAGAGGAAGAAAUUUCCCUAGCAAGCUUAAAUAAAGGCUCUCGAAGAGUUUUGCUAGCUAAUCGCAAAGCCAUUGCAUUAGCAAAUAACGCUGCAGAUUCUAUAGAAGAUAUACCUGAAGAUGAGAUGUGUAAUAUUUGCUAUGGGAGGUUUGCAGAGCCAAUGGCAGCGAAAUGCGGACAUGUGUGCUGUAGAAAAUGCUGGGAAAGGCUACUAGAGAACGCUUUAGAGUGUCCGUUGUGCAAAGGGAGGGUUAGGCUUAACCAUUUAAGAAAAGUGCAAUAA